AUGCCACUUCAUUCCAGCUCCUCCAAGCAGGGCCUCCACCAGCGAGUUAAAAAUGGCCCGUUUGCACCAAAGUUUGUGGCAGAAAUCGGAGCAGAUCCACGGCAUUCGGGCUCCAUGAAUUCUUUCCGCCGGCCUGGUUCUCUGCUGCACUUUGCCGGAAAUCACCAGGGGCUGACAGGGUUAAGGGAACGACCUGCCAAUUUUGUGGAGAACAGCCUGCAGGCAGUCCAGCAGAACGGGGCCCUUCCGGAUGGGUCCCCGCUGCCUUUGGCCAGCCUGGCCCGGCCCCGGACGGCCCCCCACCUCCCUGCAGGGACUCCUCCCGCCCCAGAGCCCAGCCCGCCCCGCGGGACCUGGGGAGGCAAGUACGAAUUCCUGCUGUCCUGCGUGGGCUACUGCGUGGGGGUCGGGAUGGGGAUGCUGCUGGUCUCCUCGCUGGUCUGCCUCUACUACAACGUCAUCAUCGCCUGGACCUUCUACUACCUGGGCUCCUCCCUGCGGAGCCCCCUGCCCUGGUCCUGCCAAGCGCCCCAGAACGCUCCCCUCUGUGGGCCUCAGAAUCUCUCCUCCUGGGCCAACGCCUCUCGGGUCAGUGCCAGCGAAGCCUUUUGGAAUGAGCAGGUGCUGGGGGUGGUGCACAGCUCCGGCCUCGGAGACCCAGGCCCCGUGAGGUGGCCCCUGGCCCUCUGCCUGCUGCUGGCCUGGACGGUCCUCUUCCUGUGCCUGCUGAAGGGCAUCCGCAGUUCGGGCAAGGUGGUGUACGUCACGGCGACCUUCCCCUACCUGCAAAUGUUAGAAGCUGUUGCGAGGGACGAUCGGGGCGAGCAGCCACUCAAUGGAGAGGCAAGGCUGUACGGGCUGGGCAGGUGGGGGGGGGCAGAGAAAGAGAGCAGCCCCCUGACCGCUCUCCCCGCUCACCCUCUCCCCGGCCAGGUCUGGAACGACGCCGCCUCGCAGCUCUUCUACUCCCUGGGGAUUGGCUUCGGGGGUCUCCUCUCCAUGGCCUCCUACAACCCGUUCAACAACAACGUGAUCAGGGACACCCUGGUGAUUGCCAUGGGCAAUGGUGUCACCAGCUUCUUUGCCGGCUUUGCCAUUUUCUCCGUCCUGGGCCACAUGGCUUGGCAGAAGAAGGUGCCGGUGGGGAAAGUGGCUGAUUCAGGGCCCGGCUUGGCGUUUGUGGCCUACCCGGAGGCGCUGGCUUUGCUGCCCGCAUCCGCCUUCUGGUCCGUCCUCUUCUUCCUGAUGCUCUUCACCCUGGGAGUGGACACGCUGUUUGGGAACAUGGAAGGCAUCGUGACCGCCGUGACUGAUGAGUUCCCCUCGCUGCGAGACGGGUGGCGGAAGGCGGCCUUCCUGGGGGUGCUGUGCUUUGCCUUCUUCCUGCUGGGCCUCCUCUUCAUCACGGAGGGGGGCAUUUACUGGUUCACCCUCGUCGACACCUACAGUACCAGUUUUGGCCUCAUCAUCCUGGCCCUCUUCAUGUGCCUCGGAGUGGCCGUCUUCUACGGUGAGAGAAGGCAGGGGGGCUUGCUGACUUUUCUGCUCUCCCCCCCCCAGUUCAUCCUCUUCUACAUCUUCCUGGACCUCUCCAGCACCACCCUGCACUACGGCCCCUACGAAUAUCCCCCGUGGGGGGAGGCCCUGGGGAUCAGCCUGGGGGUCGUCACCUGCCUCCAGAUACCCCUCUGGGCAGGCGUCGCCCUCUGGAAGGAGGGGGGGACUCUGGCAGAGCGUUUCAGGAAAGCCGUUCGGCCCCGGAACACCUGGCGGACAGCCCACGGCCACCACGACCUGCCCCACGAGGUGGUCAUCGACGUCCCGUACACAGUGAACCUGGCAGACUGGGACUUUGCUGGAGGGUGGCAGCCCCCAGAUGGCAGCGAGGCCUGAGUCCGCGGGUGACGGAGGAGGAGGAGGAGGGCAGUGGGCCCAGCUGGUGGAGGCCCCUGGGGGUGGCGGGGCUGGGCUGGGCUCCAGCUGGCCGUUCCCCCUUUUAAAGAGGGGCUGCUCCGGCCUGGGAAAGGCUCGGUGGUGAUCCGGACGGUUCCCGAGCAGGGUAUUGGAGAGGGGCUGGAAUUUGUGCUGCUCUCGCGAUCCAGCCGCACCCUUCUGGCCCCGAGUCCUCCCAAGCUUCUCUGCCCUCCUUCAGGAGCCACCCCUGGACCCCAGCAGACCAGCCGCUCCCCGGAUACGUGGCUCCAAGGGGCACAGAGAGACCCACACCGUCACAAAGGCAGGAAGGAACCUUCUGCCCAGGACCUGCGGCUGGCUUGGCAAAUGCCCCUCUUCUGUGCACGUUCUCGGAAGGCAAGUCUCCUCCCGGCCUUUGCCAAACCCCAGCCUCCCGCCAGGAAUCCCUGCCGAUGGUGCCGGCUGGCUUCUCCGGUGGGUCUUGGCUGCAGGAGGUGACGGGGAACCAGCUUCUUCCCAAUCUCUCCUUUAUGGGCACCCUUUCUGGGCCUUCCGGCAAAGGAGAGGG